UCUUUAAUUGAUGUCACCAGUUUAAUCAGAUCAUGUUCUUAUGGAAUUAUGGAAAAGGGAGAUUGGUGAUUUUGAGGAUAUGUUGCUUUGGUUUUGUCAGCUUGGCAAUUCAGUUUUGUUUUUUGGGUCUUGAAAUUUUGAAUUGGAAUUUGAACUUUUUUUUUUUGUUAGUUUGGAAUUGUGGUGUUAUGUGUAGACCCUCAAAUUCACAAUUGAAAUUCUAGAGUGGUUAUAAAGAUUUUUUAAUUUUUUUUAAUUUCAUCGGAUCAAUAUUCGAAUUUACAGGAUGUGUUCAACUUCGUAUUUACUUGUAACAUUGAAUUUGAAUCUUUUAAUUGUCUUAUACCAUUCACUCGUUUUGUGACCCAUGAUAGGAGAUUCAUUUACUUGGGGUUGAUGAAGUUGUCAUAAUUUUUCUUUAUUUUUUUUAUUUUUAUUUUUAUUUUUUUAUUUUUUAACAUUUUAUCUGUAAGCUAGCACUUGGAAAUGGAGAAUCAGGCUAUGUUUCAACUUCACUUCAUUUUAUUAGAGUGAUAAAUAACUUGCAACUUCUUCUGGGUUCUGUCAAUUUUUCUUCCUUUAAUUGAGUUUGGUUCCUCUAAUUUUACUUUUUUUAAUGGAUAUGCAUAUAUUAGAAAAAAAAUUUGCGUGGUUUAGUUUUCUGAAAACUGUUUUAUGAAAAUUCAGUUAUAAAAAUGCCUGUUUUCAUAGGAUUGUCUUUUAUAGUUCUCUAAAUUCUUGAGAACUGUUUUCAGAGUUACAAACCAAGCAAGCCCAUAUUUUGAUGGAUUUUGAUCAUUUUGCAGUGUAUUUUAAUCUUUUAUUGAUUCAUGGAUUAGGAUUUUCCUGCAUUAUGAUCGAAAAUCUGAGGUCCCAUAGGAGGGGUGAUAACUUCUAAAACUAACAUGAAUGAAAUGAUAUAGGGGUUCUAGCUAUUUGUAUUUUUUUAUUUUUUAUUGGAUAAGUAAGGGGUUCUAGCUGUGUUAUUUAUACGGGGAUAAAUAAAAAUGGCGACCAAUGACUGUAACGGGUGGGCAAUCUGAGGUCCCAUAGGAGGGGUGAUAACUUCUAAAACUAACAUGAAUGAAAUGAUAUAGGGGUUCUAGCUAUUUGUAUUUUUUUAUUUUUUAUUGGAUAAGUAAGGGGUUCUAGCUGUGUUAUUUAUACGGGGAUAAAUAAAAAUGGCAACCAAUGACUGUAACGGGUGGGCGCUUGCUCAUUUACCCAAAAGCUCGAAUUGUUAGGUAGUGCUGCAUACCCACCCAUUUAUACCCAUGUCACUUCCCAUCCGGAUCCGAUGUGGGACAAGUCUUCCUUUGUAACAUUCUCCCCCACCCGAACUUGCAACGCCCUCGUUACGGUCGGGCCACCUUGCCUACCCGGGGUGGCUCACCCUGACGCCUUCCGGGCCGGGCGCUUGGCGUGACAUCGGAUCAAGGAUUGGGUCUAGCUUUGAUACCAUGAUGAAAAGAUAUCAAAUUCUAUUCAAAUUCAUAAUUUCCAGAAUACAAGAGUAUGCUUAUAAAGUAUGUACAGAAGAAUCUAUAAAUGGGUAGGUAUGUAGCACUACCUAACAGUUCGAGUUUUUGGGUAAAUGGGUAAGCGCCCACCCGUUACAGUUGGUAUCAGAGCGUGGUUAAAAAAAAAAAAAAAAAAAAAAAAAACCAUUUGAUUCAUUGUUCCGGAAAAAAAUAUUUUUUUUCUCAAAAAAUCAAAACCCAGAUAUCUAUCACCUCUCUGUAAUCAACAGAACUUGCCAUCUCUUUGCAAAUCACAAAAUUUAGAAACCGGAUCUCCAGUUACCAGCCCGCAAGAUUCCAUUCUACCGCUGCCAUACACCGAGGAUCCACCGCCGGAAAAGGAGCCAGCAAGCCCGCUGUCCUCGUGAAAUAUUUGAAUGCCUAGAUCCGCCGCCGCGAAACUCAGCUCCGCCGCUGCGAAAUCCAGAUUCGCCGACGAUGAGUGAAACAAACGAUGCCCCAGGACUCGUCGUCGUCAUCACUCGUCACCGACGAGACCGAGUCGAUGUCGCUGUAGUCAUCAACGUCCACUACGUGAACCAUCUCCGGAUCUGUCACGCCGUCGCCCUUCCUCGCCGCGCCGGACAGCAACCAAAAACCCAAACCAGUCGCCGAUCUGAGGACGACCAGCCACCGCAGCACCAUCGCCGGUCGCCUUCCACGACCGGAGCUCACGGCCGAGCUCUACAGCCGGUUCGUCUUCUCUUUGCCGAGUCCUGCUAUCCACGGUAGAUUCUAGGACUGUGGAUUAAAAAAAAAAAAAUUGAGAUCAAUGACAGAACGUACUCCCUUAAUAGAGAGUUCCCAAGGCGAGAAUCCAAUUCUUGCAGACUUGACCUCCAGAAUUUCACAAAUGUUGAACCAGACACCAACCUCACUGAGUCACGAAUCUGUUGCUGCACCAAUUGGCAUCAAGUUGGACGACACCAAUUAUGGACUUUGGUCCCAGGUUGUUGAGAUGUACAUCUCAGGCAAAGGCAAGUUGGGAUAUAUAAAUGGGGAUCUUCUACAACCCAGAGAGAGUGAUCCUAUUUUUAGAAAAUGGAGAACUGAAAAUGCAGUGGUGAAGGGAUGGCUGAUUAAUUCAAUGGAUCCAAAACUGAUCGGCAACUACAAUAGAUUCCCAACGGCGAAAGCAGUAUGGGAUGCAAUCGCUACAACAUAUUUUGAUGGCGCUGACACCUCGCAAGUUUAUGAUCUCAAGAGGAAGGUGACUAGGCUCAAACAAGGUGGAGGAUCUAUCGAGACGUACUACAACAAUCUUCAAGGCCUAUGGAGAGAAAUCGAUUUUCGCCGCCCGAAUCCGAUGCAAUGUGAAAUUGAUAUACAGAGGUAUGAUUCCAUUUUACAGGAGGAUAGAGUUUAUACAUUCUUGGAUGGACUAGAUGAUCGUCUUGACAAGAUUCGAGGAGAUGUGCUAGAAAUUCAGCCAUUUCCUACAGUAGAGCAGGCCUAUGCACAUGUUCGCCGGGAAGAUCUAAGGCAAGCAGUGAUGUUGACAAAAGGAGAUACCACACCCAGUGCUAUUAUGCUCUCAAAAGGUGGACAAAAAUCACAACAGCAACCUUCACUUCAGAUUUUGUCCAAUGGAAAGCUUAACACAUGGACAAAGUCAAAGUCACAAGCAGAGGGAGGGGGUUGCACACACUGUGGGCAUAUGAAACAUACCAGAGACAUCUGUUUUAAACUACAUGGAUAUCCAAAGUGGUGGCACGAACUUAAGAAAAAAAAGAAGCGUGAAACUGGUGCAGGCGAGACUCAUGGCUGAGUCGCACUCGUGAACACUGAAUCUCAACUAUCCCUUAUACUACAAGAGGACUCCUCUCCUGCUGCUGCAAACAAAUCCGUGGCUCUUAAUGAUCCUGGAUAUUCUCACCAAGGAAAUUAUUGGUCGUGGUACUAAAAGAGGAGGAGAUUAUUGGUCGUGGUACUAAAAGAGGAGGGUUGUACUACAUGGAUGAUUUAAGCUUCGGCCGGGCAAAUAAUGUGCGUCGAACUGGUGACAAA